AUGUCGCUGUACGUCAGGGGUCCCGACUUCUCGGUGACCAAGCAGAAGGCCCUCGAAGAUGCAAAGAAGAUGCAAGCCGCGGUGGAUGAGGUGGUGACCAAAGCAGGCCAAGACAAGCCGCCUUACCUUCUCAACGAACUCAUCGGCAAAGGAAGUUUCGGCCGGGUUUACAAAGCCACCGACAUCAAUACGAGUAUGCUCGUCGCGGUCAAAAUCAUCGAUAUCGAGGAAAGCGAUACUGUUAACCCGAAACUUGCCGAUACCUUCAAAGAAUUUUUGGCUGAGGUCAACGCCUUGAAACUUCUCAGUGACAGUGGCGCAAAGAAUAUCAACCAUGUCAUCGACGCGUUACCUGUCGGCCAGUCCAUGUGGAUGAUCACCGAGUACUGCGCUGGAGGAAGUGUGGCAACGCUCAUGAAGCCGACUGCCCCGGGCGGUCUUCAAGAGAAGUGGAUCAUUCCGAUUCUCAGGGAGGUUGCCGAGGCUGUAUUCUGGGUUCAUGGCCAGGGCAUCAUUCAUCGAGACAUCAAGUGCGCCAACGUUCUGGUCACCGAGGCCGGCGGUGUGCAGCUUUGCGAUUUCGGCGUUGCUGGUGUUAUCGAGACCAAAUUCGACAAAAGAUCAACAUUCAUUGGCACCCCACACUGGAUGGCUCCGGAACUUUUCGAUCAAUCAACAUCGUACGGUACAGAAGUGGACAUCUGGGCGUUCGGGUCGAUGGUAUAUGAGAUCGCUUCCGGUCUACCGCCGAACGUUAUGGCGGGGAUCGACGUCUAUCAACUUGGGAACUACAUCAAAGCUCAUACGCCGCGAUUGGAGGGUGAUCAGUACUCCGACCAGCUGAAGGACCUUGUGGGUUACUGUUUACAGGAAGACCCCUCGAAGCGGCCAACAAUCGAAGCCGUCCAGAAGCACCCUUAUAUCGCCAACACAGCUCAGCAGUAUCCUGCCUCGUCACUUGCACUUUUGGUCAGAGGUUUCAAACUGUGGGAGUCACAAGGCGGUAGUCGAAAGUCUCUCUUCGCCCCGGGAGGCGCACAAAAUGUCUACGAUACGGAUGAUUCAGAUUUCUCGUCAACCGCGCUGGCGAACGAUGAGUGGAAUUUCAGCACGACGAUGGCAUUCGAUCAACAAGUCUUCCAAAACACAGAUGCCCAGGCAGUCUACGAUGUGUAUGGCUCAAACGUAGAAUUUGAUCCUGGAUUUCUGGAUGAGAUGUCGAGAGCCAAGCCCAAAGGGCGCAGAAGGCCGCCGCCUCAACAACUUGCCGCCAUGAAGGCUCCUCUGGAGAAAGUGUUCGACCCAAACACGAUAUCCAACUACGAAGACAACUCUCGGGCUUACUACGGGAGACCGAUUCCACCGCCAACCUCUGAUCUCCCUCUGAGGGAUGAUUCCCUCCAGUCAAUGACUGUGAGAGAGUCUCUCAUCGACCUUGAUGCAUCUCUCAAUGGCAGCAACCUUGCUAAUUUCGUCGAUAUGAACACCAUAAAGGCCGGUGCACCACGCGUUUCAGUCGAUUAUCACAUGGGAGAUGAGCCAGACUUUAACAAGCCGCCCUUGAGUGACCCGGCCGACCUGAACCCCAACAGGAGAACCCAGGACUGGAAAUUUCCAUCCAUGGCGCCGCCAGCUUCUGCCAACCCCGAAAUGUCCCGGUUCCCCUUCAACGAGGAACGUUCUGAACGUUCGGGGCCUAACUCGGCAUCCCGGCCCCAAAUGUUCCAUCACCAGACCGAUCCUGUUCCCGCCCCUAAUUAUGGCGGCGACUUGAUGGUCCCGCGAUCGAACUCCCAGAUGAACAACCGAGAAUCGUCGGGAAGCUUGAUCGACCUCGAUGAUCUUAUGGUUCCGCAGGCCAAUAACAACAAUAACCGCAUUUCGACUGGCAGUCUGAUUGACCUCGACAUGGGUCUCGCUGAACCAAUGCCGGACCUCACUCGGCCAUCGACGGCCAACUCUGAUGUUGCCUCAGUAAGCGGCUCCGAGGCUGGUCUUGCAAACCCGUUCGAUUUGGAACGCCAUGCCUCCAUGUAUAUUCCGACAUCCAACCGAGAACCGUCCAUCUACGUCCCCGCGGGAGAUCGCGAACCUUCUAUCUAUGUCCCAGCCGGCGAUCGCGAACCCUCUAUCUACGUUCCAGCCGGAGACCGCGAACCCUCGCUCUACAUCCCGACAUCCGAUCGCGAGCCUUCUCUCUACAUCCCGACAUCCAACCGCGAACCUUCCAUCUACGUCUCCGAUGACUCUGACUACGCUAGGAGCAUUCCCAAGGACGACGAUAUGGGCCUCGUCGAUCUCAACCUGGCCGAGGCCAGCGGCACUAUCCGCCCUUCCAACGGCCAGGCAGGCCUGCGGCUCAACACACAUCAGUCUUUCAACAGCGCAGACUAUUCCGACCCGGAGUUCCUCACACCUCAGCAGGCCGCGCAACCUACCUUCCCUUCAGGCAUCCCGCGGUCAACAAACAGGGGCUCUGUGCCGUUGCCGCUGCCGCCCCCUCCAGCGCCACCGUCAGUGGAGGUUAUGCAGGGCUCGGCCAGCGCGGAUGCUGUGAAGGAGGAGCUGAGAAGGAUGGCCAUGAGUCUCGGCGAGCACUUGAGCCACGCGAAUCAGUACUUUUCCACGCUGCCUGUGCGUAGGGGUGGUAGACAAGAUGUGGUUGGUGAGACCGCGUAA